GCUGCGGGAGGGCAGGGCCACAGCUGGGCCGCCAGGGCCUGGCCAGGCCCCAGGAAAUGCCCUGCCGGGAGGGGCCCUGGGGGUGAGAGAAUUGAGGAGCUCCCUGGGCACUGGAGGGAUGGGGGUUCCCCACCACCAGGUACUCAGGGGGACCCCUCUUCACUGGGCACCGGGGGACUCUCCUUACUGGCUGCUGGGGGACCCGUCUUCACUGGACGCUGGGAUCACUACUCACUGGGCGCUGGGACCCUCCUUACUGGGCGCUGAAACUCUCCUCACUGGGUGCUGGGAUCACUACUCACUGGGCGCUGAAACUCUCCUCACUGGGCGCUGGGACCCUCCUUACUGGGCGCUGGGAUCACUCACUGGACGCUGGGAUCACUACUCACUGGGCGCUGGGACCCUCCUCACUGGGCGCUGGGAUCACUAUUCGCUGGAUGCUGGGACCUCCUCACUGGGCGCUGGGAUCACUAUUCGCUGGAUGCUGGGACCUCCUCACUGGGCGCUGGGAUCACUAUUCACUGGAUGCUGGGACCACUAUUCACUGGAUGCUGGGACCUCCUCACUGGGCGCUGGGAUCACUAUUCGCUGGAUGCUGGGACCUCCUCACUGGGCGCUGGGAUCACUACCCCCUGGGAUCUGGGACCCUUCCUGAGCAUUGGGGGCACCUCACCACUGGGUCCUGGCGUCCCUCACUGGCCUGACCGAUUCCUUCUCUCGCCCUCAGCCACCCUCAAUGCGGCCAGGAUACCUGUUCCCCCAGCCUGUGGGAAGCCCCAGCAGCUGAACCGGGUUGUGGGCGGCCAGGACAGCGACGACAGUGAGUGGCCCUGGGUCGUGAGCAUCCAGAAGAAUGGGACCCACCACUGCGCCGGCUCCCUGCUCACCAGCCGCUGGGUGAUCACCGCUGCCCACUGUUUCAAAGACAACCUGAACAAGCCGUCCCUGUUCUCUGUACUGCUGGGUGCCUGGCAGCUGGGGAACCCUGGCUCUCGGUCCCAGAAGGUGGGUGUUGCCUGGGUGCAGCCCCACCCUGUGUACUCCUGGAAGGAGGGUGCCCGUGCGGACAUCGCCCUGGUGCGUCUCGAGCACUCCAUACAGUUCUCGGAACGGGUCCUGCCCAUCUGCCUGCCUGACGCCUCUAUCCACCUCCCUCCAAACACCCACUGCUGGAUCUCAGGUUGGGGGAGCAUCCAAGAUGGAGUGCCCUUGCCCCACCCCCAGACCCUGCAGAAGCUGAAGGUUCCCAUCAUUGACUCGGAAGUCUGCAGCCGCCUGUACUGGCGGGGAGCAGGGCAGGGAGCCAUCACUGAGGACAUGUUGUGUGCUGGCUACUUGGAGGGGGAGCGGGAUGCUUGUCUGGGCGACUCCGGGGGCCCCCUCAUGUGCCAGGUGGACGGCGCCUGGCUGCUGGCCGGCAUCAUCAGCUGGGGUGAGGGCUGUGCCGAGCGCAACAGGCCCGGCGUCUACAUCAGCCUCUUAGCUUACCGCUCCUGGGUGGAGAGGAUUGUGCAAGGGGUGCAGCUCCGCGGGCGCGCGCAGGGGAGUGGGGCCCUCAGGGCACUGAGCCCAGACUCCGGGUCCGCCGCGCGCUCCUAGGGCGCAGGGGUACUCGGGGCUCGGAUCUGGAACUGGAUCUGCGGCGGCCUCGGGCAGUUUCCCCUGCUGUAAAUAGACCCAACUACCUCUGGGGGCUUCUGCAUUCCCGGCCAACUGCUGCUGCCGAAAGAAGGCCCCGCCCCGCUCCGCUCGGCUCGACGUUCCGCUCUGUGGCCUCAGGCCCCGCCCCCACGACUCCAGGCCCCGCCCCCUUGCCCCAGCACCCUUGUGUAUAUAAAUGUUAAUGAUUUUUAUAGCUAUUUGUAACCUUUCCCACAUACCUUAUUUAUUCGUCCAAUUUCAAUAAAUUAUUUAUUCUCCA